CUGGGUUAAGUUGUGGCAAACAAGCUAUCCUCUUAGCCAGCGGUUUGUUUUUAUUUUUAUUUUAUAGUAAAGUUUCCGCAAAAAUGAGACGGGUGACUCUCUUCGUCAAUGGGAGCUCCAGGAACGGCAAGGUCGUGGCAGUGUACGGAACGCUGGUCGAUCUGCUGUCGGUAGCCAGCAGUAAGCUGGGAAUCAAGGGCUCCAGCAUUUACAAUGGCAAAGGAGGCUUGAUCGACGACAUAGCCCUCAUCAGGGACGAUGACGUGUUGUAUGUUUCUGAAGGAGACUCCUUCGUUGACCCGCAGGACGACGGCAGAGAUUCCGGGCAGUUCGGGUUCCGGGCUCACACUGACUGGCUGACCCUGAACGUCGGGGGCCGCUGCUUCACAACCACGCGGAGCACGCUGAUCAGCAAGGAGCCGGACAGUAUGCUGGCACACAUGUUCCGGGACAAAGAUGUGUGGGGGAACAGGCAGGACGAGGGCGGGGCCUACCUGAUCGACCGCAGCCCAGAUUACUUUGAGCCCAUCCUCAACUACCUGCGUCACGGCCAGCUCAUCGUCAACGAGGGAAUCAACCUGCUGGGUGUUUUGGAAGAGGCGCGCUUCUUUGGCAUGGAGCAGCUGGCCGAGCAGCUGGAGGGACUUAUAAAGAAUAACCAGCCCCCGGAUGACCACUCCCCCAUCUCCCGCAAGGAGUUUGUGCGCUUCCUGCUGGCCACGCCCACAAAGGCUGAACUGCGCUGUCAGGGUCUGAAUUUCAGUGGAGCGGACCUCUCGCGCCUUGACUUGCGCUACAUCAACUUCAAGAUGGCCAACCUGAGCCACUGCAACCUGACUCACACCAACCUCUGCUGUGCCAAUCUGGAGCGGGCCGACCUGUCUGGCGCCAGCCUCGAUGGUGCUAACCUGCAGGGGGUGAAGAUGCUGUGCUCCCAUGCCGAAGGUGCUUCUCUGAAGGGCUGCAAUUUUGAGGACCCCGCUGGGCUCAAGGCCAAUCUGGAGGGUGCCAACCUGAAGGGCGUGGACAUGGAGGGCAGUCAGAUGACCGGCAUUAACCUGCGCGUGGCCACGCUGAAGAACGCCAAGCUCAAGAACUGCAACCUGCGAGGAGCCACUCUGGCCGGCACUGACCUGGAGAAUUGCGACCUAUCGGGCUGCGACCUGCAGGAGGCUAACCUGAGAGGGUCCAACGUGAAGGGGGCGAUAUUCGAGGAGAUGCUGACGCCACUGCACAUGUCCCAGAGUGUCAGAUAACACCCUGGCGGUGCCCGUGCCUUCCCCGCCCCACCCGCCCACAGCCAACCCCCGCGCACCCUGCGGACACGCCUCCAUUUCCGCUAAUGACAUUGCCCAAGAUUCUCUACCGUGCCAAGAUGUUCUACACUGUGCGUUUCACAUUGAAGAUUCUGUCCGUAAUACUGAGUGUUCCACCGGCGGCGCUCCGGAACUCCCGCGCUUCCAUAGUGCCAGACCAGCUUUUUCCAAACCCGGAGGGAACGCAGAGAGUGCAGUGAUCUCGUUUAUAAACACAGGCCUCGGUUUUCCCAGUCUGUGUUGUCAUGCAUGUGUGAGGUGUCAUACUCCUUCAAAGCCUCCGUCCUGCGCUCAUUGUAGCCCUGAGCCGUUGGUCCUGAUCAUUGAAACAAGGCCAGUCUUUUCUUAUUUGCUGUUUUUCAGAAACCCGAAUGAAUAAGUGUUACUGGUGGCAGUGCUAAUGUCUGCUGUAUGUGUUCAGUCAGUGGGUCCUGUCUGGACAGCUAUACCUGCCAGUGGUUUGGACUCAGCAUUUAUUUUCUUUUGCCUUUGAUCAAACUUGCACCAUUCCUGUACUGUAUAUAUGCACAGCAAGUCAACAGAUCAGCUAACUUAUAAUGCAGCAGUGGUGAGUGUCUGUUUCUGCAGUAACCUGUAGCUUAAACUGGUUUGUAUUAACUGUAUAUCCUCAGUUUCCAGUGUGGAGGGUAAUUCUGUAUUAUAUGGUUCCCCAGGAGGUAAGAACAGCCCUUUUAGAUGCUGAAGGUGCAGGAUCAUCACCAUACUGUAUUUUCUGUUACCAGUGCACCUUGAGAAAACUGUAAAUAUGUUUUGUAUUUUUUUAUUUACAAACUAAUUUAAAGUGUUUUAACAUAUUCAUAGGCAUAACUCACUCUAUUCACUGUAAGUGUAAGUUCAGUGUUUAGGAUUGGUUGGAAGACCAAGAGAACAGUGACUUCAGGAAACUCUCCACUGUGAUGUCAUAAUAAAGAAAGAAACUUUA